AUGGUUUUACUUUCGCGCAUGCUGUCGACCCCCACGUUGCUGAAAUGUCUCAGGUAUACGGCGAACGUGACAUCGAGAAGGAGCUUAAAGUAUUCGAGCUACCCUCGACGCGCUCUGCCUCCGACGAUUUUAUCGGAGAUCCUCGGCAGCAAGAAGACGGAGAAAUUCGCUUCCGCUGACUUUGGCAAAGACGCCACGGCUGGAUCCGAUUUACAGAGAGCGGAUGAAGGCCUUUGGCGGACAUUUUGUACGUUACAACCGAGUAGCAGAGGAAACGAGAUUCAGCGUGUCAGAAAAAUCGAAUCCUUACGUUUCAGACCGGCAUGCUUGAAGGAAGAGUUGCUGUGCAAAUUUUCAGAGCCAGUGAGGGACUGCUGUCACAAAGUGACGAUCGUAGGUUCCGGUAUGGUCGGCGUAGCCUGUGCAAACUCAAUUUUAUUUCAGAAAAUGUCGGCGCACGUGGCAAUGGUGGAUGCAUUCCCAAAGAAGCUGGAAGGGGAGGGAAUGGAUUAUUGCCACGGGUCGGUGUUCAUAGGAGAUCCACGUAUUGACUUCGACACAGACUUCUGCAUAACGAGCAACUCGAGGGUGAUCAUCAUAGCCGCGGGGGUGCGACAGGUCAAGGGUGAAUCGCGUCUGGACCUGGUGCAACGAAACUCGGAGAUCCUGAAGACCAUAGUACCGACUCUGGUUGGGUACAGUCCGCACGCGGUGUUCCUGGUCGUCAGUAACCCAGUUGACAUUUUGUCGUGGGUAACUUGGAAAGUGAGCGGAUUACCGGUCAGUCGAGUUAUCGGAAGUGGUACUCACCUCGAUUCGGGGAGGUUUCGUUACCUGAUCGCCGAUCGUCUAGGAAUAGCGCCCAGCUCGGUUCACGGUUACAUCGUCGGCGAACAUGGGGACAGCCAGGUUCCACUCUGGUCGGGAGUGAACGUCGCGGGCGUCCAGUUUCGCGAUAUCCUGCCGAAUAUCGGGUUGGAAACGGACGAGGAGAGGUGGUACGAGAUAUCCAAGGAAGUCGUCAGACUAGGUCCUACCGUGAGAUGUUUGAAAGGUUAUUCGAACACAGCAGUCGGUCUUUCGGUUGCGGACAUUGUGAGCGCUAUACUGAACAACUCGCAAAGGGUUAUACCGGUUUCAACCUUGAUUCAAGGUCACCACGACGUCUGUCACGAGACGUUUUUAUCACUGCCCUGUACCAUCGGUGAGAACGGUGUCACCAACAUCGUGCGAAUGCGCAUCACCGAAUUCGAAAAGAAAUUGUUCCAAACAUCAGCAAACACCGUGUACAACGUGCAAAAGGACCUUAAAACGUGAUCGAUCCGCCAUUAUCUCUUCCAAAAGUGUACCGUUCGUCGUGUUUGUCUUGUAGAAAGUGUUUUUUAAAAAAAAUAUAUAUAUAUAUAUCUUGUCGUACGAUGCUUAAACGCGUGCACCGGUCCCUUUAGCCAGGCUUUGUCUCUCGUUACGCUUGGCUCGAUUGUCCUGACGAAGAAACGUUGCGGCAACUUCCUUGAAUUAAUGGUUGCGGUCGUUUGGAAGCCAGCCUCGAUGCACGAG